GACUGCAUUUUCUUCUUCACUCAAGCCAGCCCUCCCUUCGUUUCAAAACUCUGAAUUCCUCUUUCCUCACUUUUUCUUCACUACUGGCUCUCAUGGCUUCCAAGGCGCCGCCGGAUCUACUGAAUGCUACUAGUUCUAUCCAUAUGAUUGUGCGCCAGCUGUUCUCCCGGAUGGUCUUUUCCCUUCAGAUGGAGUGUUCCCUCUCCAUGGAGAUAAUUUCCUUUUGGUUGUGGCUUGAAGGGAAUGGUCAUCCUGAUUUCCUUGCAAGCGUAGAAUCCUUUGAUAACUAUAAUCUCAGGGGAAUUGCCGUUGCUGGAAAAAUGUUUAUUGAAGCUCUACGUCGUAAGUCUAGUCACUUCAAUCAUAGAUCUGAGGAAGAAGGCUAUUUCCAGAAAGAAGCUACGGAAGGUAUCCUUUUCUACCUCAACAAUUUCUGCUACAAGGCUUUAGAAGAUAUUCUAGAAAUAGCAGAGGCAAAGGAACGUAUCUACCGAAACAAUCAUCAACAAGUUCAGCAACAGAACAUGAAGGGUAAAGCUCCUAUCAUGAGCACGAAGGAUCUUUUGUCUAAGAUCAGGGCAUCCUUCACUGGUAAUCCGAGUCAUGAAGAAGGCUCAAGUUCUAGAAGCAUGCCAUCCCCCAAAAAUCAGAUCCUCAGAGAUAUUGAAAAUCCAAUCGAUCAGUGCCUAUCAACAUACCCUUUGGCGACCCUUUUUGAUAGCCUGAACUUAAGGGAUGAUCCACAAGCUGAUGCAAUCCAGCUACAGAUCCAGGUGCAGCGACAGCCCAGUAUUCCCCGUGAUGAGAGAACUCUCUUCGUGACUUUCUCCAAUGGCUACCCAUUUACUGCAGAUGAACUAUUCGAAUUUUUUGAGGGGAACUUUGGAGGUGUUGAAAUCAUAAGCGUGGAGGAGCCAGUUGAACCUAGGCCACCACUCUAUGCACACAUCUGUUUUUUCACACAGGAGACAAUCCUCCACAUCCUUCGUGGCAACCCAAGGGUCAAGUUCGUGAUACGAGGGAAGCAUCUAUGGGCUCGGCAGUUUGUUCCGAAGCGGAAGAAAGUCCGGAACUAGCUAGUGUCACAUGCCUGGAUGUUGGUGCCUUAUAUCUCAUGCAAGUCGUAAAACUUGGAAUAAAGCCACCAUCCUGCUUCUUAUUAGACUUUCCUGGCUCCUGGGCCUUCUUUCUCCUUAUAAUAACCCUUGUGGAACCUUACCUGGCAUGGUUAAUAAUGUUAUCUGCUGUUGUAUGACUAUGUGAGAUCAACAGUGUUGUCUUAUAUGUUA